CCGGUUAGAUCAUUUGCCGUAGACACGUUCGCGACUAGACUACCAUGGAGUCCGGCGAGCUAACCCACUUCCGGUGCGACGGCCUUGGCGGUGCGGGCGAAGAGUUCCAGCGCCGGAUCGCCCUAGUACUGCUGCAGCGUGCCACCCUGCGCAAUCGCCCCUUCAAGCUGGCCUUCGAAAUGACGGCGGCGGGCAAGUUUGACGACGUGGGCCUGUUUUUGGAGCCGUCGACCGAGUGGUGGCUCAUCCAGGCCAAACACUCGGAAGCGGGGGGUUGUUUGACCGGGGAGAUGCUGCUUCCGGGUGAUGAGGUGGCGCGGAAGAGGGGGAAUUUUUCGCUGUUUAAAUAUUUGGAGUCGUUCUGCGAGGUGAGGGAUUACUGGCCGCACGGUGGAGGGGGGACAUGGUUUGUGAUUUUUACGAACAAAGAGCUUGAUUCGUUGGUGGAUUCGGAUAGUGUUGAUGGGGUUGAUCGUUUGUUUAAGUUUACUGUUGGUGGUGAACAUCGAAGGCUUAAGCCUAGUGAAGAAACUAUUGAUUUACUGGAGCAGUAUGUUAAUCGUGAUUUUGAGAGUAUUUGCUGCGCUAUUAAGGAACUGUUCAGCGGUGGGGAAAUGAAGCACAUUUUGAAAAGUUACAAAACUCCGUUGAUGCAGAUCUUUUCGUUGCACGAUGGAGUGGUAAAAUUUGCUGAUAACAUUCUUGAAAAUAACAAAGAUCCACGAGUUUGCAGGUUGUACACAAGACUUGCAGAAGAAUUUGAACCGCUCGACAUGGCGUCGAUUUCCAUCGAAUCAGCAAAAAUGAAGGACUUCUGGAUUGGAAAUUCUCGUAACAAACUGCUGCCUCCAUCAAUCGAUCGUGCCACGGUGGGAAGAUUCUUCGAUGAAUUGAUACUGGCAAUUUCGCAGCCAAACGUGGAUAAGCUUCUUGAAGAAAUCAACGGCGAUUGGCGACUUUGGAUGCGCAGCUGGAUCAGGCCGGACGAUUUGGGCAGGUUCAGCUCAAGUCAGCUCGAGCAGCCUUUCAACAGUUUCAAAAAGUCGUUUCAGGAAUGGGAAAAGAGUACAACUGCGACGAAAGAGAGAUCAUUCCUGGAGCUCGAGGACGGUCAGCGGUUUCUGAAGAACGUGGAGCGUGAUCUUGGCGACUUUGUCCGGAACUGCUCCAAGCGAAGCUGUACGAGCUUCGUAGACGUUGAGAGAUUCUUCAUCCAUCGUCAAAUCGAGGUCGUGAAGGAGCAAAUGGGCACAGGAAUAGACGAAUAUGCACUGUUCUACAACAACAUUAAGGAUACUGACUUUGUAGACCAACUCUACACCACUUUUGUACAUCAAAGAAGGUUCGUACUGGUCGCAGAACCGGGCAUGGGGAAGAGCAUUCUUUGGCAGUAUUUGGCCUUUUAUGCGCAGCAAAUUUAUCCAGAAAGUGCAGUUUUCUUGCUUUACAUGAACAACUUUAAUCACCAAUUACCACCCGCUGAAACGCUGGACGAUGUGAUGAACGUGUUGGAGACAGACUUGUCCGCGGAAAGUCUUGGCUUGUUCAGAAAUGAAAACACUAAAAUAUUGCUGUUUUUGGACGCUUUUGAUGAACUGAGCAGAGUCAACUUGGAACGUGUGCUGAACUACAUCACCAUUCUGCUUCAUCGAGAUAACUUAAAAAUUCUCAUAAAUACCAGAAGACGAGUGCAGGAGAUGCUCGAGAAGACCCUGGACAUUAAGGCCAUGAAGUUGGAACGAUUUGACGAACGCAACCAGCUAGAUUUUCUUCACAAGUUCUGGCACGUUGCCGACUCUGACCGAGCCAAAUUCGAGCAGUUUGCUGGAAAUCUGCUCGACAAGUUCCACCGUGACAUCCAGCGGCGAAAGUAUGACUUUACAGGACUUCCUCUGAUGAUCAAAAUGCUGGCGGAAAUCUACUCACAGUCGUACGAAACGAUUGCUCAAAGUGACGGUGAACGCGUUGAAUCUCUCGAACCGAUAACUGUGGUGGAUUUGUACGAAAAGUUCACCAAAAAGUGUAUCCAUCUGACAAUCAGCAAGAAAUUGAACAUUGAUACCGAGCGUUUUGUUCCAUACUUUGAAGAAAUCACACAAAUUUGUGGGCGAGACUACCAACUAGCAGCGAUUUACAAGGUAUUGCCGGCGAAUCUACUUUCUAAGGUCGUCGACAAAACCUUCAGCAGCAGGUUGAAGAUGUUUAUUCACAAGAUCGUCGACGACGAAACACUUCUCAUCGAGCUAGUUGCUGGAACACCCCAAUUCAUCCACCUAUCCUACGCUGAAUACUUUUGUGCGACCUACCUCUACAACUUCCUCAACAGUUCACCUAAUCUUCCCUGCGUCGAAACAUUCACAACUUUCCUCGACAAUCACGACGUCAUUCGAAACUUUUUCCUCGCCAUGAUCAACGAAAAACCAACCGACAACCAUCUCAACUUCCUGAGAAAAAUCGGCGAUCGCGCCGCGUUCUGGUCCUGCCAGGGAGACUUCAUCACCUUGGUCAACUUCCUGAAGCAGUUCUACAACUACAGGAAAAUUCGCCAAACCAUCCCCGACUGGUACGACAACGAAGCCGACGAGCUCACCCGGCAGUGUUGUCAGCUUGGCGGGGACAUUCUGGGACCCUCGCUGCUACAUCUGGCCGUCGAGUACAACGCGCUGGACACUUUGGACGUGCUGUUCGAGUCCCGCAUCGACGUCAACAUUCGGGACCAUAAAAAGGCAACGCCGCUGCAUUACGCGUGCAGCAGUGGGAACUUACGAAUAGUCGAGCAGUUGCUCGACAGAGGGGCCAAGGUUCGCACCGUGGACGGGAAUGGCUACACCGGGCUGCACAUCGCGGCCUACGAGGGACAUCUGGGGAUCGUGCGGUGUUUGAUGGAUCAUGGGGCGAAGGUCGAGGGGGUGAGUCGGUUUGGGGAAACUGCGCGGAUGUUGGCGGAGAAGCAGAAGCAUGCGGAGAUUGUGGCGUUGCUUGAUUCGAAGACAUAAUUUAUGACAGAA